AUGCUGCUGGAAGAGGAUCCCGCUACUCUCAUCCACCAUACAAUCACCAACUUUAACAUCCAGCCAGACAAGCUUGCACUGUCACGGAUAAACGACUCGCUCUCGUCUCUGCAGCAGUCUCGAGAUCUACGCUUCCAAGAAGUCGAAAACUCCCUGCGCAAGCUCUCGCGGCAGCUCAGCACGCUCAACGCCCAGCACAAGGAGACCGUCGAGGCGCAUGAUCCCGCGCGCCAUGCUGCGUCCAUCGUCGAGCUGGACACAGAGAAGUUCCGCAUAGCAAAGGCUGCGUCUGAGCUCGAGAUCGAGAGUGAGCGGCUAGAAGCUGAGCUGGAGUCGUUGAAGGCCCGGCUGGCGGAGCUCGAUGCGCAGGGCCUCGAGGGAGACGAGCAGAUCAGGAGGGAACGAGAGGCCGACGAUGCUACCAUACUACGGCUGAAGAUAUACCGGUCCUUGGGCAUUGAUGUUGACACGGACGAGGCAGGGAACUACAACAAAGCUAUUAUCCGCAACAGUCGAAAGGGGGACGUCCAUGUCGUGAACAUCGACCCCAAGUUCUCUCGGUUCUUCUAUGCGAAUUACUUCUGGCAAGCCAUGUAG